AUGAACUUUCUCGCGGCAAUGAUUUUAUGUAUUGCCGAGGUGAAAAGUCAUGGAUAUCUUUCCUUUCCAGCUGCCGUCUACCGUGACCCGUACACAGCUACAUCCUUCGUGACGACAAUCACUGAAAGCAUCAACAUACGAAGUUUUGGAAACAGAAAAUGGAAUGAUACUCCAGAACGCAAUGCUGCGAUGUUUGCUACAGCAUUUCACAAUUCCAGCUAUUCUUCGCUGCGUGAGAUGCUCGAUCCUGUUGUGUCAGACUGUGGAAACACACGAGAGGACGUUGCUCCUGUAAAUGUAACGAAUGCCAAGGAAUUACUUUGGCAGAAUGAUGAAGAGCAUCGAGGAUUUGUGGAUUCACACCAUGGUCCUUGCGAAGUCUGGAUAGAUAACCAUCGUGCGCUCUUCAAUGAUGACUGUCGAGCUACUUUUACGUCUUAUCCAGCCCAUUUGCCGAUUGAUUUCAAUGCAUUGUGUGAUGGCCAAUGUCACCUUAAAUUUUACUGGUUGGCACUUCACGAAGCAGCAUGGCAAGUCUAUAAAGCUUGUGCUCCUAUCGUUAACUCAAACCACGUUGGAUUCGUUUAG